UAAAUAUAUUCUAUCUUGAUCUUUCCUGCUUAAAAACAAAAACCCUAAACACUGUUGACCACACCACACUAGAAAAAAGGGCGGGAAAGAGGGUAGUUGGGAUGCCGGAAUUACCAGAGGUAGAGGCGGCGAGAAGAGCAGUUCGUGAAAACUGUAUUGGGAAGAAGAUAGUCAAAGCAAUUGUUGCUGAUGAUUCCAAGGUCAUCGAUGGCGUCUCCCCUCGCGACUUUGAAUCAUCUUUAAUUUCUAAAAAAAUUGUGGAUGUUCAUCGCAAAGGAAAGAUCAUGUGGAUCCAACUUGAUUCUCCCCCUUUUCCUUCCUUUCAUUUCGGAAUGGCAGGUGCUAUAUAUAUAAAAGGUGUUGCAGUGACACAGUAUAAAAGGUCUGCAGUUACUGAUACAGAUGAAUGGCCUUCUAAAUAUUCCAAAGUAUUUAUACAACUUGAUGAUGGGUUGGAGGUAUCAUUUACUGACAAGAGGCGAUUUGCAAAAGUGCGCUUACUUCAGAAUCCGGCUUCUGUGCCACCAAUAUCCGAGCUUGGUCCAGAUGCAUUAUUGGAGCCAAUGGCAGAAGAUGAGUUGUUUAAAUCACUGAGCAAGAAGAAGACCGUCAUUAAGAAAAUUUUACUUGAUCAGAGUUUUAUCUCGGGAGUUGGCAAUUGGAUUGCAGAUGAAGUGCUAUAUCAGGCAAGAAUCCAUCCGCAGCAAAUUGCCUCCGAGAUUUCAAAAGAAGGCUGUGUAGCACUGCACAACUCCCUGAAAGAGGUUCUUGAACUAGCAGUUGAAGUUGGGGCUGAUAGUAGCCAGUAUCCUAGUAACUGGAUAUUCCAUUCUAGAGAAAAGAAGCCUGGGAAUGCUUUUCUUGAUGGGAAGAAGAUUGAGUUUAUCGAAGCCGGAGGCAGGACAACUGCGUAUGUACCGGAGCUGCAAAAGCUAAGUGGAGACCAAUCAACAAAAGUUAAGGUCAAACCACAGAAGAGGUCAAGUAAGAAGAUCAAAGAUGCAGCCGAAGCAGAAAGUGAUGAUGAAGAAAUUGCUAAGAGUGAAAAACCAAAAAGAGGGAAGAAAGCUCAGAGUAGUGCUAAAAGGCCUCCUGCAAAACGCAAGUCUAUCAGCAGUGGUAGUGAUGAGGACACGGGAGAUGAAGAGGUAAAAGAAAAGGAUGAUAAAAGAGUUGCCACACAAAAGAAGACGAGGGGAAGUGCUGCUAAGAAGAAGCCUUCUGCAAGAAAGAAAUCACAUGGAAGUGAAAGUGAUGAAAGUUCUGACCUGUAGGCUGGCCAAGUAGAGGUAAAGACGUCUUUUGAUUGCUUUAGUUUCUAGCUUUGAAAAAAUGCCUAUGACUGAUUUUUAGCACGUGUUAGGUAAUCAUUAUGUGUGCAUCCUCUAUGGUCUUGUUACCUUGUUUUUGUGCAUCUGACUUGUGGGUAUAAAGGCGUUUUGUUUGUUAAAACUGAUGAA